UUAUCACACUAUCAAGACUCAAUCGAUAAAACUUAUUCCAGUUAUACACAAUGUCUUCCGACAUCGUAACCAGAGAACUGCAGCAGCCCAUCACCGUGGUGGAGUAUCUCUACCGUCGUUUGCACGAGGUGGGAGUCCGCUCGGUUCAUGGAGUACCUGGUGAUUAUAACCUGCUAGCUCUCGAUUAUCUGCCCAAGUGCGGCUUAGAAUGGGUGGGAAAUUGCAACGAGCUCAAUGCUGGCUACGCCGCUGAUGGCUACGCUCGAGUUAAGGGAAUCUCGGCUAUGAUCACGACAUUCGGUGUUGGAGAACUUUCGGCAAUCAACGCAAUGGCUGGAGCAUACUCAGAAUUCGUCCCUAUCGUCCAUAUUGUCGGCCAGCCACAUACUGCGUCACAGAGAGAUGGUAUGCUGUUGCACCACACACUCGGUAACGGAAACUACAACGUGUUCGCCGAUAUGAGCGAACAAGUAUCGUGUUCAGUAGCGCGCUUGAAUGAUCCUCUCAACGCCGCGACAUUGAUAGACAAUGCCAUCCGCGAAUGCUGGGUUCAAAGCAGACCGGUUUACAUCGGUCUACCAACGGACAUGGUGCUCAAAAAAGUUGAAGGCAAACGACUCGAGACUCCCCUGGACCUCAACAGGAAGCCAAAUGACCCCGAGAAAGAAGAAUAUGUCGUGAACUUGGUCUUAAGAUUAUUACACGAGGCAAAGAACCCUGUUAUUCUAGUCGAUGCUUGUGCCAUUCGCCAUCGUGUGCUUGAAGAAGUCCAUGACCUUGUCCAGAAGUCUGGAUUACCGACCUUUGUUGCCCCAAUGGGUAAAGGUGCGGUCAAUGAGACCCAUCCAAACUAUGGCGGAGUUUAUGCGGGAGACGGAUCAAACGCAGGUGUUAGGGAAAUAGUGGAGGGAUCUGACCUCAUCCUCAGUAUUGGCGCUAUCAAGUCCGACUUCAACACAGCCGGUUUCACGUAUCGCAUCGGCCAGCUGAAUACCAUUGACUUCCACAGCUACCUUGUCAGAGUUCGGUAUUCAGAAUAUCCCGGCAUCAACAUGAAAGGCGUUCUACGAAAGGUUAUAGACCGAAUGGGAGAUUUGAAUGUUGGCAAGAUCCCCCAUGUUUCCAACAAACUCCCCAAAAGUGAAAUAGAUUCAAAAGACCAAAACAUUACGCACGCAUGGCUAUGGCCCACUGUUGGCCAGUGGCUUCGCGAGAACGACAUCUUCAUCACAGAGACCGGAACCGCGAACUUUGGCGCCUGGGAGACUCGCUUCCCCAAAGGUGUGACUGCUAUUAACCAGAUUCUCUGGGGUUCCAUUGGGUAUUCUGUAGGCGCUUGUCAUGGUGCAGCGUUGGCCGCAGAAGACCUCAAGAGUAAUCAACGAACUGUUCUCUUCGUUGGUGAUGGAAGUUUCCAGCUCACUGCACAGGAAGUGAGCACCAUGUUGAGAAAGAAGCUUAAGCCUAUCAUUUUCGUAAUUUGCAACGACGGCUAUACCAUUGAGAGAUACAUUCAUGGUUGGGAUGCGUCUUACAAUGAUAUCCAACCAUGGAAGUUCGUUGACAUUCCUGCGGCUUUCGGCGGAAAGGCUGGUGAAUAUCAGACACAUCAAAUCAAGACCCGAAAAGCACUGUUGGACUUGUUUGCAAACGAGGAUUUCUCUUCCAAUAAGUGCUUGCAGUUCGUGGAACUAUACAUGCCUCGUGAUGACGCUCCUUUAUCACUGAAAUCGACCGCGGAGGCCUCAGAGAAAAGGAACCAGAGUGCCUAAAGCGAAUAGCGCCAGCUUCUUUCGAGACUGGUUAUAUUGUGGGGGCGUGGUUAGGUCAAGCUAACAUGGGCUGAAAAUUCUUUCUUUAUUCUCACCUUAUGAAUAAGUAUUGCAUUAUGACGGGUACUUGGUUGUUUUCCAGUUAGAUACAUAUAGAUUAUGAUAUUUAGAUUGUUCUCUUCUUUCCAAGUCUAUGUCUUUAAUCCAGGGG